UAAAUAAUAGAUAUAUAUAGAAGGAGUUUCUAGAAUUAGAGAGAGCAUGGAGGAGGAAGUAGAAGAAGAAGGCCCGAUGACGACGAUAUCUCGUCACUAUUUUGGAGAUGAACCGUUCUGUUCCAUCUCCAUAAUCGAGAACAUUAAGGAAGACUAUGGACAAUUCGUGUGGCCUUGUAGUGUAGUCCUAGCCGAGUACGUUUGGCAACAAAGAUUCCGCUUUUCUGGAGCUUCUGUAGUUGAGCUAGGAGCUGGGACUUCAUUGCCGGGCUUGGUGGCAGCCAAAGUGGGUGCAAAUGUCACUCUCACUGAUCAUGCCAAUGGAUUAGAGGUGCUGGACAACAUGAGAAGAGUGUGUCACUUGAAUGAGCUUAACUGUAAUAUAUUGGGAUUGACAUGGGGGGUUUGGGAUGCAUCUAUAUUCAGCUUGUCUCCAACAAUUAUUCUUGGUGCUGAUGUAUUAUAUGACACUGGUGCCUUCGAUGAUCUCUUUGCAACCGUCACUUUCUUGCUCGAAAGCUCUCCUGGAGCAGUAUUCAUAACAACAUAUCAUAAUAGAAGUGGGCAUCAUCUUAUUGAGUUCUUGAUGAUAAAAUGGGGAUUGAAGUGCGUCAAGCUUCUAGACAGCUUUUCAUUCAUGCCAUCUCAAAAGGCAUCUGGGCUUAGUGGCAACCUUCAACUGGCAGAGAUUGUUCUAAACACUAAAUAUUACCCUUAUGAAACAAUCAUGGAAAUGCAUCCGGAGGAGUGUGGCAGGGAUAGUGUUGUCUCUGGAAACUGCAGCCUUGACGGCGUUAGUGACAAUUGAAUCAACAUUUGGGCAAGUUUUCGCAUAAUAAUUCCAGUCGAGUGCAUUGACCCCUGAGAAAACCACUGAAAAGAUGAGAAGUGAAGAGAAGAGUGCAACACCAAAAGCCAUACUUGGAACUCUGUUACUACUGUAAUUGCUCUCUCUCUCUCUCUCUGUUUCUUUUUACUUUGCUUAUGGAAAGUCAUUAGGAUCAAAAGGGUAUUUAUACUGAGAAAAAGUGAUCAUCACUGGUGAUUGAAAACAAUGAAGGUGGCCCAGACGUUGAACAAUUAGUUAAGAGAGUAGUAAGAAUGAAGCAAAAAAAUCCUGAUAAUUAAGACUACAUGACAAUCUGCAUCACAUCACAUCACUACAUGCAACCUCUAAUAUUCUCUAAUUAUUUAUGGUACCAUAUUUUUUAUCAUAUAAAAUUAGACUAACUUAGUAAAUCUGUAUUUUGUUGGUUGUAAAUUAAGAAAUAUAGUGAACUAAUUUAGUUACAUCUACAAUUGUUUUGUUGCUAGACUAGUUUCUUGAUGAUGAAGGUACUAAUAAUUGAGUUGCUCAUGCGUUGGAGACAUCAUGAUAAAAGUACUUGAAAAAAAAUGAGAAAAUAUUCUUGGUGGUGCAUAGUAUUAUGAUCAUAUGGAAUGGCUUAUACUUUUCACUCUCUUAAUCACUACACAACAAAAGAUGGAUGAAAUAAAUAAUGAUUUUUCUUUCUUUUCAUGCACCAU